UUGGAAACGUGCGCUUCAAAAAGUUCUCUCUCCCGCAACUGGGAGUCGUCGUCCCCCGCAGCGGACGCGUGCAAAGAACGUCAAACAAAAGUUUUUUAUUACAUGGCUUUAGUGAAAUUUCAAACAGCAAAUUGUUAAAUGAAAUUAGCAAAAUAUUUAAUAGUAAAAUACAAAUAAAAAAGAAGAGCAAACAGUUUUUGCAGUGGCCGUAAGUGGCGUUGGGUCUGGCGUGUCAUUAGUUGUAUCGAGAGUGCGAGAGGAGAAAAAAUAAUAAACUUGAUUACAAUGUUAAAUGUGGAAACUUUGGGCACGCAAAGCGUCAAAGCGUAGACGCUGACGGCGACGCUGGCGCCGACGUCGCAGCUAGCAUUGUGUAUAAUAAAAUUGGCAAAAAGCCCCCGCCGCCACACGACCCUCUUUGUAAUAGAGUGGGGCCGGCAGCAGCAGCAGCAGCAGCAGCAGCAGCAGCAGCAGAAGUAGAAGCAGAAUCAGCCGAAACAAGCAAAGAUGUGCGCGCACAAUACAAAAAAUUACAAACCAUACUUUUGGGAGCGGCAAAUGGCCAAAAUCAACAGCGAUGCUGCUGAGCGUGCGAAAUAAGCAAUAAGAAGGAAAGAGAGCUAGAGAGGGAGACAGAGAGCGAGAGCGAGCGAGACAUAGAGCAACACCAACAACAACAGCAGGACGCUUUCAUCCACAAGCACGGAGAGACAGAGAGACAGCAAGCGAGAGAGAGAGAGAGGAGCUGCGGCAGCAGCGCAUGGCCAGUGGAAAAAUGGCCAACGCCUUGCGUGGGUGCAGCCAAAAGGAUAAGCAAAGGAUGAAAGCUGAAAACUGAAGCGCAGAGCACAAGGACACACAGCGAACGAGCGCAACAGAGAGCGAGAGAGCGAUAGAGAGUGUCAGAGAGAGAAGCUUAAAGAAAAGAGUAAGGAGGAAACGCAUUUGCCAUGGAGCCAGUGAUGAGCCUGGCCCUGGCCGCCCAUGGCCCGCCCAGCAUACUUGAGCCGCUGUUUAAAACCGUAACUACGAGCACAACGACCACAUCGACGACGACGACCACAACCACAACGACGACCAAUAGUCCGGCGCAUCUGUCGUCCACGGGCACCACGCUGCUGACGGCGCUGCUCGAGAAUCUGACAACAACGGCAGCCAGCGGCCUGUACGAUCAGUAUCCGUACGGGAAUGACACGAACGGCACGAUGGUCUUUGAGACAAAGGGUCCACGGUACUCGCUCGCCUCGAUGGUGGUCAUGGGCUUCGUGGCGGCGAUUCUGAGCACGGUAACGGUGGCGGGCAAUGUCAUGGUGAUGAUCUCCUUCAAGAUCGACAAACAGCUGCAGACGAUCAGCAACUACUUUCUCUUCUCGCUGGCCAUUGCGGAUUUUGCCAUCGGAGCCAUCUCCAUGCCGCUUUUUGCGGUGACGACGAUCCUCGGCUACUGGCCCCUCGGGCCGAUUGUUUGCGACACUUGGCUGGCCCUCGACUAUCUGGCCUCGAACGCCUCCGUGCUGAACCUGCUGAUCAUCAGCUUCGAUCGUUAUUUCAGUGUCACGCGGCCGCUGACGUACCGCGCCAAGCGCACCACCAACCGGGCGGCGGUGAUGAUUGGCGCCGCUUGGGGCGUCAGCCUGCUGCUGUGGCCGCCCUGGAUCUACAGCUGGCCGUACAUCGAGGGCAAGCGAACAGUGCCGCAGGACGAGUGCUACAUUCAGUUCAUUGUCACCAAUCAGUACAUUACCUUUGGCACGGCACUGGCUGCCUUCUAUUUUCCCGUCACGAUUAUGUGUUUCCUCUACUGGCGCAUCUGGCGUGAGACGAAGAAGCGGCAGAAGGAUUUGCCCAACUUGCAGGCGGGCAAAAAGGAUUCCAGCAAGCGCUCCAAUAGCAGUGACGAGAACACGGUGGUAAAUCACACAGGAGGCGGCGGCGGACUGCUGGCCUUUGCCCAAUUGGGCGGCAAUGAGCACGACACCUGGCGACGUCCGCGCUCCGAGAGCUCGGCGGAUGCGGAGAGUGUUUACAUGACCAACAUGGUGUUGGAUUCCGGCUACCAUGGCAUGCAUUCGCGCAAGUCAAGCAUCAAAAGCACAAAUACAAUCAAAAAGCCAUACAAUUGCCUUGGCAGCGUCAAGGAGUGGUGCAUUGCGUGGUGGCAUUCCGGGCGCGAGGACUCCGAUGACUUUGCCUACGAGCAGGAGGAGCCGUCGGAUUUAGGGUAUGCAACACCAGUAACAAUUGAAACUCCUUUACAAAGCUCCGUCUCCAGAUGCACCUCGAUGAACGUGAUGCGGGACAACUACUCGGUGGGUGGCAGUGCGAGCGGUGUGCGCCCGCCCAGCAUCCUGCUGUCGGAUGUCUCGCCCACACCGCUGACGCGUCCCCCCAUGCCACUCAGCUCCAUUUCGCAGAUGCAGGAGCUGAAUGCCAGCGGAAACAGCAGUCACAACAGCAGCAAUAACUGUGCCGGAGCGGCAGGAGCGAGCACAGGGAACGGCACAGCCAUCGGGUUGGGCCUGGGCCUAGGCCUGGCCACGGCAAACGGAACGACCAGCGGCAAUGGCAAUGCAACUGCAGCUGGGAAUGGCAGCAGCACGUUGCCGGUUAUCAAUCGCAUCAACUCCAGAUCCGUCAGCCAGGACUCGGUCUACACGAUACUCAUUCGCCUGCCCUCGGACGGAGCCUCAUCGAAUGCGGCACAAAGCAGGGCAGCGGCAGGAGGAGGAGCAGCAGCAGCAGCAGCCUUAGGAGAAGCCGCUGUUGGGGCCACUGCAGUGCCAGCUGGAGGCCAAGGCGAUUGUGCGCCCUCCAUCAAGAUGAUACAAGAGGAUGCGACACCCUCGGCCAUAGCCAGCACGGUGCCACCACCCACACUGGCCGCCACACGGAGGCCGUUGCCGUCACGAGACUCCGAGUUCAGUCUGCCCCUGGGCAGGCGCAUGUCACACGCCCAACAUGACGCCCGCCUUCUCAAUGCCAAGGUCAUACCCAAGCAGCUGGGCAAGGCAGGGGCCGGCGCUGCGGGUGGUGCGGCGGGGCAGCACGCGCUCAUGAAUGCCCGCAAUGCGGCGGCCAAGAAGAAAAAGAAGUCACAGGAGAAGCGCCAAGAGACAAAGGCGGCCAAGACACUGUCCGCCAUUCUGCUGAGCUUCAUCAUCACCUGGACACCGUACAACAUCCUGGUGCUGAUCAAGCCACUGACCACCUGCUCGGAGCACUGCAUACCCGCCGAGCUGUGGGACUUUUUCUACGCGUUGUGCUACAUCAACUCCACCAUCAAUCCCAUGUGCUAUGCCCUGUGCAAUGCGUCCUUUCGGCGCACCUACAUCCGCAUUCUCACCUGCAAGUGGCACACACGAAACCGCGAGGGCAUGGUGCGUGGCGUCUACAAUUAGAUCUCCCACACCACAAACACUAUCCGGAAACUUGCUAUAGGAAGUUACAACUAGGCUAAGAUUCAGUUGGGAUAACAAAAACUACUUGCAGUUGCAAUAAAUGUUGUGUGCUAAGAGGCAGGCAGGAGGAGGGGAACUCUUCGGCAAGUAAACCAAAAAUAGGCUUAGUUAUUAACCCAUUGACAAGCAGUACUGAUUUUUUGAUGUCUAGCCCUGGAUUAUAUACACAAAAUAUAUUAUAUAUACACCACUGCUUCGGGAGGGUUGCUCAGUCAUUUGCUUACCGUUCCCUUUUCCGUGGUAUUCCUGAAUGCAACUCAACCAAAGACAUGUGCCCAAUGUUCAACCUUCGACUCGAGCAACCCUCUCGAUAUUUAGCUUAAACAAAUCCCCAAACAGCUGAGCGUUGAUCACGGCAGAGAUGGGUUUACAUUGGGUUUGGGCUUUCCAUUUUUGUUGGGUACUGUUUAGGUAGGCGGACAAAAAGAAUUUAAUACAAAUAUAGUGGAUUACGAUUUGGAAUACAUACAAUACAUAAAGUACAUUACAUAAAUACAUAUACAUAUAUGAUUAUUAUUAUAUUAAAUUAUAUAUUAUACACAAUGCAAAAAUAUAUACUAUGAAACCUAUGCAUAAGCUUUAGACGUUGAAUGGGAGACAGUAUAGGAAAUUGUGGGGAAACCAUUCCAAAAAAGCUUUAAAACAAGUUCAAACUACCGAAAACGGAUACGGAUAACGGAUACGGAUACGGAUACGGGCUGGUUGCAUCAUUGGGUUGCAUUCCCAACUUAGUUCUUAAUUUUGGGAAACUAUAGCUUGGUGUGGGAGGGGGAGGGGGAGGGUGGUAAAUUGUGAUCGUACUCUGCUCGUUUAUUGAUAGGUUGAAAGUCAGUUUUGUAUAGAAAUAAAGCAAGCAAUGGGGGGGUUAGGCAAGAGGCAACCACUAAAUGUAAAGCAAACAAAUUUGUAUUGAACCAGUAGCAAGGUAUUUGCGUAUAUCCCAAAUACGUUUAUUUAUGAUGUAUUACAAUUGUAUGUUUUAAGAACGAGACCCACCAUAGUUCAACAAACUAGGAACAAAAACCUUUUUGUAACUGAUAAAAAAACCAAAAAAACCAAAACAAAAUGUAACGUAAAAUCCAGAGUUUAUCGAAUUGAAACCCAAAGCAAUAGACACAGAUCAAGAGAUGCCUCCACUCGCUGACUGGAGCAACAUAUCUUGCUGCGGCAUGCCCCAUAGAGCAGCGACUCGUACUAUAUAUUACAUUAAAUUCCGAAGUAUCUUCGAACUGCACCAAAAAAAUCAAGUAACUCCAAUAACUAAAAUUGCAAGCAUAUUCAAAUCAUAUGAAAUACAACAAAUAGAAACUACUAACUACAGUCUAAGCAACCAAUACAUGGACUUGGUACACCCAUCUGUGGACUACGGACUGUACCACGGAUCGGAACCCGUUUUUAUUGUGUGUGGAUCCAAAACAAAUUUGUCAAAUCGAAGCUGAAAUCAAAGCAAAACAUUUGUAGUCGUCUGUGGCACAAAACGCGUAUUUAUACCUAACGAUACGAUACGGAAACGACAUAUAUAUAUAUACUAUAUACCAUAUAUAACUAUAGAUAUGUAAUAAUUACAGAGUUUAUCGCCUGGCAACCAAAUAGCCAAGUGAACAAAAAACCAAAACUACAAACCCAAAAGACAUGAUUUACAACCAACCACAAGGCACAUCCACAAAAUGAAGCAUAUAGCAACACCAAUCGAGCAAAAAACCAACCUAAUAUAUAUACACACACACAUACAUAUAGAUAACAUAGAUACAACACACAAAAAGGGAGUAAAAGAUGAGCAAAAGUGCGCGUAUGAGGAUCAGGAACAGCAGACGAGCGCUUCGUGGAGUGAAGGUUUAAUUGCAUACAAUCUAAUUGUUUGGAAAAAUACACUAUGGAUAUAUAUAUAGAGAGUAAUGCAUACAUACAUAUAUCUAUGAAUUAAAAGCUAACAAUAAAACAUGUGAAUGAAAAGCA